AUGUCCGCCACAGCUGCCACUUCUAACCCUCGACCACUCGACGACUUUACGGAUCCUGCCACUUUCAAUGAGAAGAAGGAUCAAGUUCAAGUCGAACAGAUCGAACGCGUCCCAGAUGCUGAUAUUCAGCAAUGGGCCGAUAGAGAUGCGGCGGAUGUCGAAAAGCAACCUGGAAUUUUCGGAUUCAUGUUCAAGAAGAAUCCGUCUCCCGAGUUCAUAACAGACCUUGCCAAGAUGAAUGACACCGAACUUGACCCCAAGGAGAUUCGACGUCUCACCAGGAAAAUCGACCUUCUGAUUCUUCCUGCCUUGUCAAUAUGUUACAUGUUUUACUAUAUCGAUAAAACCACUCUUUCGUAUGCCGCUAUCUUCAACCUCAAGAAGGACUUGAACCUCGGUGACUCGGAAUACAGCUGGCUCUCGAGUCUGUUUUAUUUCGGCUGGCUGGCCUGGGCCAUCCCAACAAACAUGAUGAUGCAAAAGUUUCCGCUCAACAAGUACCUUGCUGCCAAUAUCUUCAUGUGGGGCGCUCUUCUCAUGUGCCAGGCUGCGAGCAGGAACUUCACAGACCUUGCGAUCCUUCGGGUUCUCUCAGGCGCUGCUGAGGCGACUGCCGAUCCCGCAUUCGUGCUCAUCACUUCGACCUGGUAUACUCGUGCGCAACAGCCAUCCAGGAUCGGCGUAUGGUACUGUGCCAACGGGUUCGGGAUUGCUCUUGGUGGUCUUCUCGGCUACGGUAUCGGUCAUAUCAAUGCAUCCCUUCAGUCCUGGCAAUAUGAGUUCCUCGUCAUCGGUGCCCUCUGCACCUUUUGGUCUAUCAUCAUGUGGAUCUUCGUCCCCGACUCGCCCUACAUGACUCACUGGUUCAAGCGCCACGAGCGGCUUAUGAUCGUCAGCCGCAAGCGUGACGACCAGCAUAGUCCGGACCGUCGUGAGUGGAACGCGAGUCAAGUCCUUGAAGCGUUCAUCGACCCGAAGAUCUAUCUGUUCUUCCUGUUUGGCUUUACCGCUAAUGUUCCUAAUGGCGGGACGUCCAACUUCGGUACUUUGAUCGUGAAGGGCUUUGGGUUCAACACAUUCCAGACCACGCUCAUGCAGAUCCCUUACGGCAUGAUCAUCGUCGCCUUCAUCGUGGCUGCCAUUGUCGCCAACAGAUAUAUGCCACCCAACACGCGCACCAUCCUGAUGGUCAUGACCAACAUCCCGACCGUCGUCGGUUUCGCCAUGGUCGCUUGGUGCAAGUCUUCCGGAGCUCGUCUGGCUGGCUACUGGAUGACGGGUGCAUCAAACGCGACAUUCGUUGUCGGAUUGUCACUUGUGUCCGGCAAUGUCGGUGGCCAGACGAAAAAGGCGCUUGCAUCUGCCGCUGUCUUUUUGGGUGUUGCUACAGGUAAUAUCGUCGGCCCCUUCUUGUUCAAGGAUUCAGAAGCUCCCGUCUACUUGACUGGUAUCGUCGGCUGCCUCGUCUCAAGGGCCCUCGAGAUCGUCAUCAUCAUCAUCCUGCGGAUCAUCUUCGUAACCGCCAACAAGCGUCGGGACCGUGCUGUCGCAGAAGGGCGGGUGGACUAUGACGAGCGGGUGUCCGCGCUCGAGGAUAUUUCGGACUGGAGGAACCCGGCUUUCCGUUACGUUGCUUGAGGCCAUGUUCAUGAUACUUAGUGUGCAUUGUAUUUC